UGCGGGGCCGCUCGCGACCUCCCGGGUUCUGCCGUCCCGCAGCUUCACAGCGCCAUAGUGGAACGGUUACGCGCGCGGAUAGAACUGUGUCGAAGGCAUCACUCCACCUGUGAGAACCGGUACCAGCGAGGCCAGGCCGAGAACUCUGACCGGGAACACGAGAGUACUCUUCACCUGCUGAACAUUGUGCAUCAGGGACCCGGGAAUAGGAAAACCAAGGGGAACCGGCUUCGAACCAACAACCUCCAGACUACAGCAGAGUUAAUGGAGAACAGAAAUGCCAGAGCUCCUCAGCGGGAGACCAGAAGAUCUCAACACGAAUAUGCAUCUAUGUCUCUCUCUCUCCCCUCCUCUCCUCUCUCUCUCUCUCUCCCCCUCUCU